AUGGAAAAAUCCAAAAAUUUUCGAAUCGACGCACUCCUGGCCGUCGAUCUUCCCAAACCACAAACUUGUUCGCCUCUUGUAACUUCAGCCCCCUCUUCCACAGGCAGCCCGCCAGUGCUCGAGCAGCACCCGAUCACCUCCGACUGCCUGCGGACCGACACCCCGUCACCUCCACGCUUCACUCUCGGUAACCUGAUGCCUAAACCUGGCUUCCUGAGUGUUCACCAGCACCCCGGGAUGACUGGCCUACCUCCCCACGGGGCGAUCCCGGCUUCAGCUCUCUACGGUCACCCAGUUUACACCUACUCGGCUCUGACGGGCCAGUCCAACGCCCUGCCCUACUCCUAUCCCCAGCUCGCGAGCAGUCAUCACUCCGAACCCGUCAAAGUGACGGCCGGCACUUUUCAGAUCGACCAGUGGCUUCGAGCAUCGACAGCGGGAAUGAUGUUGCCAAAAAUGCCCGAUUUUAACGCACAAACACAGACCAGCAUGUUGGGGAAAUGCCGCAGGCCCCGAACGGCUUUUACCAGCCAGCAACUACUGGAGCUGGAACAGCAGUUCAAAUUAAACAAGUAUCUCUCGCGUCCCAAAAGGUUUGAAGUGGCCACAUCCUUGAUGCUGACGGAGACACAGGUUAAAAUAUGGUUUCAAAACAGACGGAUGAAGUGGAAACGAAGUAAAAAAGCCAAAGAGCAGGCAGCCCAGGAGGCUGUUAAACAGAAAGCAGAAACCACUGAGAGUAAAUCGGACCAUUUUCAGGAUAAAUCUGACAUUACAAAAAGCGACCAGAAUAAACAUUCCAGAUUAAGAGACUUUAGGGAGAGUGACGAGGAAGGAGGGAGUUUAACGUGCCACUCGUCAGAAUGUUCUUCAGACGAGGAAGCCGAGCUGAACCAGUCACAUCAGGGCCCAGCAAUGAAAAUUAAAUAGGCCCAUCUGUUCUGCAAUUCUGAAUGUCACCCCAAACGUGAAGCUCGACUUGUACGGCGUUGUUGGACGUGAAAGUUUCUUUGAAGCCAAUAUCUUUCUGUUCUGCUGCUCAGGUUGUCCAUAUUUCCUCAAUCUCCAACCAAUUGCCAUGAAGUACUG